AUAUGGUGGCAUGCCUUGAAAUUUAUUAUUUACCUAGACCGGACCUUUAAGACUCACACAUUGUUUAGUGAUUCCAGAUACAUUGUGACUCAGGAGAGUUGAGGAAUCUUUUCCUAGAAGCUCAAUUGACUUCAAUUGGGAGCAGGGAGCCCCAAGCUUUGGCUCGUGAGCUCUUGAGCCCUUCUUCCUUCCUAACCUCCCAAGAUUCCAGCUCCUAGUUGCUAGGGGCAGCUUAUUACCAUGGCUCUCUCCACCAAGCUUGCAGGUCGUGCCCCUAUGCUGCUACGACAUAGCAGACGGCUACCUAUAACUCGAAGGCAGCUUACCACAACAAGCCUUCGAGCUCCCUCUCAGCUUCUUGCUUCGAAUCGAAAACCUGGUUUUUCACAGGAGAGGAACUUUUCUGUCACCGCCCUUUGUUCCGCUGCCAGCAUAGCUGCUCAAGAGGCACCGAAUCCGAAGGCCUACCUAGAGAGUGGCGUAAUAAAACCUAGGGAUGUUGUGAAUGUUAAGAAAGUGCUAGUUAUUGGUAGUGGUGGUUUAGCAAUUGGACAAGCUGGCGAGUUCGAUUACUCAGGUACUCAGGCCCUCAAGGCAUUAAAAGAGGCUGGUGUAGCCUCUGUCCUUAUAAAUCCAAAUAUUGCCACCAUCCAGACCAACCACAGCCUCGCCGACGAGGUAUACUACCUCCCCGUCACUCCGGAAUAUGUAACCUACGUUAUCGAGAAGGAACGACCCGAUGGCAUCUUCCUGUCCUUUGGUGGACAGACAGCGCUAAACCUGGGUGUGCAAAUGCAGCGCAUGGGGUUAUUCGAAAAGUACGGUGUUAAGGUACUCGGCACAAGCGUCCACACUUUGGAGCUAAGUGAGGACCGAGAUCUCUUUGCUAAGGCCCUCAACGAGAUUGACAUUCCAAUUGCCAAAUCAAUUGCUGUCGGUACUGUUGACGAUGCUCUGGACGCUGCCUCCAAGGUCGGAUAUCCUAUUAUCGUCCGCGCCGCCUACGCACUGGGAGGUCUGGGUUCCGGCUUUGCUAACAAUGAGGAGGAGCUGCGCAACAUGGCAGCUCGAUCUCUUACCCUCUCGCCCCAGAUCCUCGUUGAGAAAUCGCUGAAAGGUUGGAAGGAAGUCGAGUAUGAAGUUGUCCGUGAUGCGAAUAACAACUGUAUCACUGUCUGCAACAUGGAAAACUUCGAUCCCCUAGGAACUCACACAGGUGACUCAAUCGUCGUUUCACCCAGCCAAACUCUUAGCGAUGAGGAGUAUCACAUGCUUCGAACUGCGGCUAUUAAGAUUAUCCGCCAUCUUGGAGUUGUUGGCGAGUGUAACGUCCAAUAUGCCCUCCAGCCAGAUGGCCUCGACUACAGAGUAAUUGAGGUCAACGCUCGUCUUUCUCGGUCAUCAGCUCUCGCCUCGAAAGCUACUGGAUAUCCUUUAGCUUACACUGCGGCAAAGAUCGGACUUGGACAUACCUUACCCGAGCUACCGAAUGCCGUCACUAAGACUACCACUGCCAAUUUUGAGCCUUCUCUCGAUUACAUCGUGACAAAGAUUCCUCGUUGGGAUUUGUCCAAGUUCCAGCAUGUUAAACGCGACAUUGGCAGUGCUAUGAAAUCUGUGGGCGAAGUCAUGGCUAUUGGUCGUACUUUUGAGGAGUCUUUUCAGAAGGCUAUUCGUAAAGUUGACCCUAAGUUCGUUGGGUUCCAGGGUGACAAAUUUGAAGACCUCGACCAUGAACUAUCUCACCCAACGGACCGCCGAUGGUUGGCAGUAGGUCAGGCAAUGCUUCACGAGGGUUACACUGUUGACAGGGUCCAUGAGCUGAGCAAGAUUGACAAGUGGUUCUUGUAUAAGCUUCAAAAUCUUGUUGACUGCACCAAGGAAUUGGAAGCCGUCGGUAGCAUAAAUGGGUUGAAGCGCGAUCUUAUCCUCAAGGCCAAGAAGAUGGGUUUCUCUGACAGGCAAAUUGCGAACGCUGUCAAGAGCGACGAGGACUCCGUUCGUGCUCUUCGACUAAGCAUGGGCAUCCGCCCCUGGGUUAAGAGAAUCGACACGCUUGCUGCCGAAUUCCCGGCAGAGACGAAUUAUCUAUAUACUACUUAUAACGCUAGUACCCACGAUGUUACGUUUGAGGAUAAGCCGACGAUGGUCCUAGGAUCGGGUGUGUACCGUAUAGGUAGCUCGGUGGAAUUCGACUGGUGCGCUGUGAGCGCAACUGUCGCUCUUAGAAAGAUGGGCGAGAAAACUCUGAUGAUUAAUACAAACCCCGAAACGAAAUCCUCUGAUUUCGACGCUGCCGACAAAGUCUAUUUCGACGAGCUGAGCUAUGAGAGGGUGAUGGAUAUCUAUGAACUAGAACAAGCGAAUGGUGUUGUAGUGUCUGUCGGUGGUCAACUUCCACAAAAUAUUGCCCUGCGCCUUCAGGAGACGGGGAAGGCGAAUGUUCUAGGAACUGAUCCAAGGGAUAUCGACAAAGCCGAAGACAGACAGAAAUUCUCGGAGAUACUGGACUCGAUAAAUGUCGACCAACCUGAUUGGAAGGAAUUAACCUCUGUAGCUGAAGCCGAGAAGUUCGCCGAACAGGUUGGCUACCCUGUCUUAGUCCGUCCGAGUUAUGUUCUCUCGGGUGCUGCCAUGACUGUCAUCAGAAGCCAAGAAGACCUGAAAGACAAGUUACUGGCCGCGAGCGAUGUAUCACCUGAUCAUCCUGUUGUGAUAACCAAGUUCAUCGAGGGUGCUCAGGAGAUCGAUGUUGAUAGUGUUGCCAACCAAGGUAGCUUGAUCCUCCAUGCUGUUAGCGAGCAUGUUGAGCAAGCUGGUGUCCACUCUGGUGAUGCCACACUGGUCCUACCCCCAGUCAACCUAGACAACAGGACCAUGGAGCGAGUCAAGGAAAUUGCCAAAAAGGUUGCGAAGGCCUGGAAUAUUACCGGGCCAUUCAACAUGCAGAUCAUCAAAGCAGAUAACCCUGACGGCGGAGAGCCCGUACUCAAAGUCAUUGAGUGCAACCUUCGGGCCUCUCGAUCCUUCCCCUUCGUCAGCAAGGUUCUCGGCACUGACUUCAUCGAUGUUGCAACCAAGGCUCUCGUUGGCAAGGAUGUUCCCAGCCCUGCCGACCCGAUGGCUGUUAAGAGAGACUAUGUAGCUACCAAGGUCCCUCAAUUCUCGUGGACCCGUCUGGCCGGAGCCGACCCAUUCUUGGGUGUUGAAAUGGCUAGCACAGGUGAAAUGGCCUGCUUCGGCAAGGACCUUGUGGAGGCAUACUGGACGUCCCUUCAGUCUGCCAUGAACUUCCGCGUCCCCGAGCCCGGUGAGGGGAUCCUACUAGGUGGUGAGACGUCCAGGCCAUGGCUUACCAAGAUCGUGGACUACCUUUCACCCCUCGGAUACAAAUUCUACGCCGCUGAGGAGGACGUGAAGCACUUCAUCGAGUCGACUGCUAAGGAUCAGGUCACCGUAGAAGUAAUAGAGUUCCCCAAGGAGGACAAGCGUCUGCUCCGAGAAGUCUUCCAGAAGUAUGACAUCCGAGGAGUAUUCAACCUCGCCCUUGCCCGGGCUAAGACGGUCAUGGACGUGGACUACGUAAUGCGCAGGAAUGCUGUCGAUUUCGGCGUUCCCUUGUUCAUGGAGCCUCAGACUGCCAUGCUCUUUGCCCAGUGCAUGAACGAGAAGCUGCCCCGGAAGGAAGGUAUCCCGUCCGAGGUUCGCCGGUGGUCUGACUUCAUCGGUGGCAAGCCCCUGUAGAGUACCAGAUAUACCCUGUUUCAUCAAUCAAAAAUAAAAGUUAAAAAUCGCGACGUUUUCUGCGACGGCUCCGUUUUCUAUAACAGGCGUUGAUUAGGAUUAACCUAUUUUCCUCAAGGGCGGACGGGGCUUGUGAAACAAAAAAGGAGGCGACGAAGGAUGGGGUUCCUUUUCGAAUGGAAGAGUAGAAAGGAAAGGAGGCUAGGUAAAUAGUCUAUCUGACUUGAAUCAAAAUUUAAAUUACCUAAUAAACACAGACCAUCAGUGGGAAGGUCGCGUAAAUACUCCUAUAUCCUCUAUACUACAUCAUCAUCGUCA